UUCGCCACGAGGAUGCCAACGCGCAAAUGACCGACUGUCGAAAUUUCCUAUCGCACCUAUAUAUGCUUUCGAACACACCCUUCGACUCCAUAAAAAUCAUCAACUGAGCAACCAGAACGGAUUUUUUCCCGCCAAGAACAUGGACUCCUCGACUUUAUACUCCAUUUUUAAAGCCCACUUCGUCGAGCACGGAUUCGAGAGUGACGGCUUCGAGCAAGGAACCCCGACAGAAAACUUGACUUCAACAGCAAAUGUCGAUGUUGCUCCGGCUUCAAACGGCACGUCUACACUGGCUCCCCAACCAUCCACGUCCGUUGGUACCGAUGCAGUUUCUUUACCUGCAACCGUAUGCCCGGAAGGUGUUAUCAGGCUGUUAUUCUCAGUCAAUCAACCCGAGGCCAAGACUACGAUCAUAGAGAAUGGUAUCGUCAUCAUCAUGGAUAAUGAGUGGAUAGGCAAGUUCCAGGAGGCAGCUCUCAAGGACAAAGCGACACUGAGAAGUAGUUCCGGUGACUGGAAAAGCUGCCAGGGCGAGUUAGCGAAAGUGCUAUGGGCCUUCAGCCAAACUCUAUGUAAGAGUUCUCAGGAUUCGUACGCUCAGGUUGAACAAGAACUGAGGUACUCUGAUGGAGAGGGCUGGAUUCAGGUAGAGGAUUUUGAUGAAGUUGUGCGGGCAAAAGAUUCUGAUGAGGGUUUGUGAGUUUCGUCAUAAUUUAGGUCAGAGCAGCUCUCCAUAUUGCAACCAGGGUGUGCGCUGCGCCUACACAUAGAUGUGUAGGAGCUUUCAGGUAGUGGGUCACGUGUUUCUCAUCCGCUAGUUUGCGGCUAAAUUUCUUUUGCAUGUAGCGGCAUGAAUUCUAAGUUCCAUGCUUAUGGUCACGAAUGUUCUUCUUGAUUCUGAGCCUCAAUCUUACGUGGCUCAGCCGAGAGGUGGUCAGCACCUAUAGCCGUCAGCCUUGCAGAGUUGGCAUCAGCUCAACUACAUGCUCACCUGCCAAUCAAAUAAAAACUCAACCCGCCACCGUUCGCAAACGGGCUGUAC